AAAACGUGACAGAUACAAUAUCAAAGAAAAAAAACAAAAGCAAAAGCAAAUAAUACAUAAAGGAAGCAAACAAAAGAGUAUCUAAAACAAAACAAAUUACAAAAUCACUCUGUAAACGUUGUACUUAGCACCCAAUCGGGCUUAAACUAGGAUCAGUUUUUUGAAACUUCUUAACGAAUUAAACAGAAACCAAAACAAAAACAAAAAAAAACAGAAAAAACUAAAAUAAUUUCAAAUUAUUAAAGCAGAUUUAUAUAGUUACUUUUUGCGUCGCCUUAUAAAAACUAAUCGCACAUAUUCGUACAUAUAUACACACAUACUCACAUAUAUAUAUACAAGCAUAGAAGCUACUGUACUCGUCGUGUAUGUGAAAGCGGAGAGGAGCAGAGCGAAAAAGAAAACAUAAAACAAGAGAGUAGACGAAAUUCACGAAAACAAGAAAAACAUAUAGCCGAACAGAACACAUAACCUGAGCAGUGUGAAGCGAGAGAGAAACCGCGGACCGACCGCGGCAGAUUAUGUCACGAGACGAUUACAAUCCUGUAACUAGCUCUGGUGUUCGUAGCCCGGGUCGCUCAAGGCGGCUCACGGAAUUGCCAACUGUAGAUCGGUCGCCAUCACGAGACUACGGUGCACGUGGAAGUCCCCUAGUUUAGAAGUAGUAAACAUUCCUUCCCAAUAGAGGGUGCGACGCGUUGGUUUGCUGCAAGGCGUGUCGCAUACAAGUCGCCAUACACUUAUAUAACUGUUCCUUCGUUGUGUCGUAACAAAUUAAGGCGGCAAACUGGAUUACAACUAUGCAAUGGGCAGUCCAUACUAUAGAGACAUGGAUGAGCCAACAAGUCCAGCCGGUGCGGGUCACCAUCGGAGUCGGAGUGCCAGCAGACCGCCGAUGUCACACGCCAUGGAUUAUCCAAGAACCCGAUACCAGUCGCUGGAUCGCGGUGGCUUGGUUGAUCCACACGAUCGUGAAUUUAUACCCAUACGUGAGCCACGCGAUCGCUCACGCGAUAGGUCUCUCGAGAGAGGAUUGUAUUUGGAGGACGAGUUGUACGGACGCUCGGCGCGACAGAGCCCCAAUCCUAUAGGUUAUCAAACGGGCUUACCAUCAUCGGAUCGAGCGUAUCUGGGCGAUCUACAGCAUCAGAAUACAGAUCUGCAGCGCGAAUUAGGCCAACUUAAGCGAGAGUUAGAACUGACAAACCAAAAGUUGGGCAGUUCGAUGCACAGCAUAAAGACAUUUUGGUCGCCGGAGCUGAAGAAGGAGCGAGCGUUGCGUAAAGAAGAGAGCGCCAAAUACAGUUUGAUUAACGACCAGCUAAAGUUGCUGAGCACGGAGAAUCAAAAACAAGCGAUGUUGGUGCGUCAGCUGGAGGAGGAGUUACGCAUGCGCAUGCGACAGCCUAAUAUAGAAAUGCAACAACAAAUGGAGGCUUUGUAUGCGGAAAACGAUCAUUUACAGCGCGAGAUCAGCAUAUUACGUGAGACAAUUAAGGAUCUUGAGUGCCGCGUGGAAACACAAAAGCAAACGCUCAUUGCACGCGAUGAAAGUAUCAAGAAAUUAUUGGAAAUGUUGCAAACCAAGGGAAUGGGCAAGGAGGAGGAGCGACAGAUGUUCCAGCAAAUGCAAGCCAUGGCCCAAAAACAGUUGGACGAAUUCCGUCUUGAAAUACAAAGAAGGGAUCAAGAAAUAUUGGCGAUGGCGGCCAAAAUGAAAACUUUGGAAGAGCAACAUCAGGACUAUCAGCGGCACAUAGCGGUUCUGAAGGAGUCGCUAUGUGCCAAGGAGGAGCACUACAAUAUGCUGCAAACUGAUGUUGAGGAGUUGCGCGCCCGCCUGGAGGAGAAAAACCGCUUGAUCGAGAAGAAGACACAAGGCACGCUACAAACGGUGCAGGAACGGAAUCGUCUGACUAGUGAACUCACCGAAUUGAAGGAUCACAUGGAGAUUAAGGAUCGCAAAAUCAACGUGUUACAGCGAAAGAUUGAGAAUCUCGAGGAUCUGCUCAAGGAGAAGGAUAAUCAGGUGGAUAUGGCGCGGGCACGUCUGUCGGCAAUGCAGGCUCAUCACAGUAGCUCCGAGGGCGCUCUCACAAGUCUCGAAGAGGCCAUUGGUGACAAAGAGAAACAAAUGGCCCAACUGCGAGAACAGCGAGAUCGUGCCGAACAUGAGAAGCAAGAGGAGCGCGAAUUACAUGAGCGUGAAAUUGCCGAUUACAAAAUCAAGUUGCGCGCACUCGAGAGCGAAGUGGAGAAAUUGAAUACACGCCUGGAGCGUGCAGUCACCGAACGUGAGCGCUUGGAAAUCAAACUGGAGGCGUCACAAAGUGAAUUGGGCAAAUCGAAGGCGGAGCUGGAGAAGGCCACCUGCGAGAUGGGACGCAGCAACGCCGACUGGGAGUCCACUAAACAGCGCAUCGCCCGUCUCGAAUUGGAGAACGAACGCUUGAAGCACGAUCUGGAACGUUCACAGCUGCAGCUAGAAGAACAGACCACACUACAUAAAUCUGUACAAAAAUUAAUGCUCGAGUCGGGACGCUUAUCGACAACAUUUGGCCGCACAACAAUGACGACUUCGCAAGAGCUGGACCGGGCACAAGAGCGCGCCGACAAGGCGGCCGCGGAACUGAGGCGAACACAGGCUGAGCUCCGCGUCACACAGGGCGAUACAGAUAAACGUUUUUCGGAUGCGGAGCGUGCUCGUGAAGAGGCGACUGCGUUGCAGGAGAAGCUCGAGAAGAGUCAGGGUGAAGUAUAUCGCCUUAAAGCGAAGCUCGAGAAUGCACAAGGUGAACAGGAGAGUUUGCGCCAGGAGCUGGAGAAGGUGCAGGGAGGUGUGUCACGCAUACAUGCUGAUCGGGAUCGGGCCUUCUCGGAAGUGGAGAAGAUGAAGGAAGAGAUGGAGCGAACCCAAGCCACGCUGGGCAAGGCACAACUGCAGCAAGAGAAACUGCAGAACUCAUUGGAUAAAGCCCAAAACGAGGUCGACCACUUGCAGGAGAAACUCGAUAAAUCGGUGGCUGAAAACCGACGCUUGGUGCUCGAGAAGGAGAAGCUCACCUAUGACUAUGACAACCUACAGUCGCAGCUGGACAAAGCGCUGGGACAGGCGGCGCGCAUGCAAAAGGAACGCGAAACUCUCACGCUCGACACGGACCGCAUACGCGAGAAAUUAGAGAAGACGCAGAUGCAACUAGCACGUAUACAAAAAGAGCGGGAUCAGUUCUCCGAUGAGUUGGAAACACUCAAAGAACGCUCCGAGUCAUCGCAAACGUUACUGAUGAAAGCGGCGCGCGAUAAGGAGGCGAUGCAAACCGAUUUGGAAGUGCUCAAGGAGCGUUAUGAAAAGUCGCACGCCAUACAACAAAAAUUGCAGAUGGAACGUGACGACGCUGUUACCGAAGUGGAGAUACUUAAAGAGAAACUGGACAAAGCACUUUAUGCUAGUCAGAAACUCAUCGAUGAGAAAGACACCUCCAAUAAAGAGUUCGAGAAGAUGCUUGAGAAGUACGAUCGCGCGCAGAAUGAGAUUUAUCGACUACAGUCGCGUUGUGAUACUGCCGAAGCUGAUCGCGCACGUUUGGAAGUCGAAGCAGAGCGUUCCUCCUUGGCCGCGUCGAAGGCGCGUGAAGACUUGCGCAAAUUGCAAGAGGAGAGCACUCGCUUACAGGAGGCGUGCGAUCGAGCCGCGCUGCAACUGAGCAGAGCCAAGGAGAGCGAAGACAAUGCGCGUGUUGAGCUCGAGCACAAUCGUGAACGUUUCGAUAAAAUACAAACCGAUUUGCGACGAUCGCAAGGUGAAAAAGAGCAUUUGCAGUCGGAGUUGGAGCGUGUCACAUACGAGCUGGAGCGCGCACACGCCGCACAAACCAAAGCCAGUGCCAGCGUGGAAGCGGCCAAAGAGGAGGCUGCGCACUAUGCCGUUGAAUUGGAGAAAAUGCGCGAUCGUUACGAGAAGAGCCAAGUGGAGUUACGUAAGCUCCAGGAUACUGAUACAUUUGGACGUGAGACCCGUCGCCUUAAGGAAGAAAAUGAGCGUCUCCGUGAAAAAUUGGACAAAACCCUUAUGGAACUCGAAACGAUUCGUGGCAAAUCACAAUAUGAAUCCGAAUCGUUUGAAAAAUACAAAGACAAAUAUGAAAAGAUUGAGAAUGAAAUACAAAACAUGGAAUCUAAACUGCAUGAGACCACCCUGCAACUGGAAUUGUCCAAGGGCGAGGUUGCUAAGCUACUUGCCAACCAAGAGAAACAACGUAGCGAAUUGGAGCGGGCGCAUAUUGAGCGCGAGAAGGCACGUGACAAGCACGAGAAACUGCUGAAGGAGGUGGAGCGAUUGCGUCUGCAGCAACAGUCGGCCAUCAGCCCUGGCGAGUCGGUGCGCGCAUCGAUGUCGGCGGGCGAGCGCCAAGAAAUCGAUCGAUUACGCGAUCGCCUCGAGAAGGCGCUACAGUCGCGCGAUGCCACCGAACUCGAAGCGGGCCGCCUCGCCAAGGAGUUGGAGAAAGCGCAGAUGCAUUUAGCCAAACAGCAGGAAGCGAACGAAUCGACGCGCAUCGAAUUCGAACGCAUGUCUGCCGAACUCGGCCGCCUGCACGAUCGACUCGAGAAGGCAGAGGCCGAGAAGGAGUCACUACGCCAAUCGGCACGCAAUGGCGCAGACAAACCGCAUCCACAACUCGAAAAGCACAUGCAGAAAUUGGAAGCCGAUUGCAAGCAAUUGGCCAUCGAACGCGAGCAAUUGGUACUGCAACUCGAAAAGAGCCAGGAGAUAUUGAUGAAUUUCCAAAAGGAGUUGCAAAAUGCCGAAACCGAAUUGCAAAAGGCGCGUGAAGAGAACCGCAAAUUACGCAACGGUCAUCCGGCAUCACCCGCGGCGCCUGCUGAACUGCAAGCCAUGCAACAAGAAAUCCAGAUGCUGCAACAGAAGUUACAAGAAUCCGAAAAAGCCCUACAGGCCGCCAGUGCCGUAGCGGGAGCGAGCGGCGCCAAUCGGGAAGAGGUCGAACAGUGGCGCAAGGUGCUUGAAGUUGAGAAGAGUCGCGCCGAAAUGGCCGACAAAGCCGCACAAGAAAUGCAUAAACGCAUACAAUUGAUGGAUCAGCACAUUAAGGAGCAACAUCAACAAAUGCAAAAGAUGCAACAACAGAUAGCACAACAGCAACAACAACAACAGCAGCAGCAGCAACAAGUGUCCGGUAAUGCUCAAGAAGUCACGAAAGAGAUGGAGAAGGUGAAAGGGGAGCUGCAGGCCGCCUGCACAGAGCGUGACCGUUUCCAGCAGCAGCUUGAGUUGCUGGUGCAAGAACUUGAAAAAAGCCAGCUUUCAAACCAGGAGCAGUCGAAGCAAUUGCAGACCUCCCAACAACAAGUGCAACAACUGCAGCAACAGGUGCAAAUGUUGCAGCAGCAAUUACAACAACUGCAGCAGGCGGGCACUUCCGGCGCAGCCGCCACCGAUGUGCAGCGCCAACAAUUGGAGCAACAACAGAAACAAUUGGAAGAGGUGCGCAAACAGAUCGACAACCAAGCCAAGGCCACGGAAAGCGAGCGCAAGAUCAUCGAGGAGCAACGCAAACAGAUCGAAGCCAAACGCAAGGAUAUCGAGGAGAAAGAGAAGAAAAUGGCCGAUUUCGAUGUUCAGUUGCGCAAACGAAAGGAGCAAAUGGACCAGUUGGAGAAAUCUCUGCAGACGCAGGGUGGCGGUGCUGCGGCAGCCGGGGAGCUUAACAAGAAGCUCAUGGACACACAGCGACAGCUUGAAGGCUGUGUUAAGGAACUGCAAAACACCAAGGAGGAGCACAAAAAGGCAACCACCGAAUGCGAACGGUUACUGCAACUGGUGCAAAUGUCGCAAGAGGAACAGAACGCCAAGGAGAAAACUAUUAUGGACUUACAACAAGCCUUAAAGAUCGCUCAAGCAAAAGUGAAACAAGCACAAACGCAGCAGCAGCAAGAUGUAAGUUUAUAUACUGCCAUACUUACAACAUACCAAAAUAUUUUUACUUAUUAUGUAGCUUAA